AUGCAAUGGGAAAGGGGUGCAGCCGAUCGCGGGAUCGAUCAUGUUGGCCAGCAGCGCUUCAUCAGAAGCAUUGUUGAUGACAAUGGCAUUGGGGAACUUGGCCCGAUUGGCAGCCGUGUCCUGGACCGUGGCUCCGUCGGGCAGGAGCAGGUACUGCGUCGGCACGUUGUCGGAGGGACAGGCAUCGACGAUUGCGAACGACCGCGUGGUCGGACAUGUGGCACCACUGUGGUCAUUUCCCAGAGGCGGGAUUACGAGCUGGCCGUUCUUGACGGCUGCAUUGGCGGCGUCAAAGAACGGCUGCGUGUUGCACCAGCUCACCUGGCCAAAGACGUCGCCCUGCACGCCGGGCAGGCCAUUAACGCAAUCGAUCGCCUUCAGGAUCGAGGAUUGAUACGUGUCCAGGCCAUUCUGGUCGAGGAGCUGGAGCACGUUCCCAUUGAAACCAAACCAGAGGGCGACGCUGGCGUUGGCCGGCAACUUGGGGACGACAGGGGCUACGGGAGGAGUCUUGUUCUUAUCGAUGACCAGCGGGUGAUAGAUCGAGAUGGCUCCGGUCGCCGGGUCAAUCACGGCAGCCUCGGCAUAAGCUUGCUGGAGAUUGACGCUCUGCGAGCAAGGGGGUUCCAGAACAAACGGAGUGGCCAGGCCGUUGGCUGA